AUGUCAUCCAGUUCUACAAAAAAAUCAACCAAAAAACGAAAUUUAGAAAAUCUUGAUCACAAUCUUCAGCAUACAAGUAAAUUAAAAACUAUAAAAUCAAAUGAAAGUGAACUUAAAAAAAAAAAACUUCGAAGUAACUCAAACUUAGAAGAAGCUCUGAAAGAUUGUAAACAACUUGAAGAUCCACCAAUAACAGACUCUGAGAAAUUACUAUCUUCCAACCGAUUGACAUAUAAUUUUUACAAUACUCCGUGUGAGCAAUUGGCACAACAAUUAUUAGGAAAAAUACUAGUACGUAAGUUAGAGAAUGGAAAAAUAUUAAAAGGAAGAAUUGUUGAAACAGAAAGUUAUCUUGGAGGAAUUGAUAAAGCUUCGCAAACUUAUCAAAAUAAAGUUACACCUCGAAAUUUACCAAUGUAUAUGCUUCCAGGAACAAUUUAUGUUUAUUUAACUUAUGGAAUGUAUCACUGUUUCAAUAUAUCAAGUCAAGGUGAAGGUGCUGCGGUUCUUUUAAGAGGAAUCGAACCACUAGAAGGCAUUGAAGAAAUGAUGAGUUAUCGUACAUCAAACUUAAAAUCAAAAAAUAAAAAAAUAUUGAAAAUACACGAGUUAUGCAAUGGACCAUCAAAAUUAUGUAUGUCGUUUAAAAUUAAUAGAGAUUGUUGUAAAUAUUCAUUGUGUUCUUGGAAAAAUAUGUGGAUUGAAAAUGAUAAUAACUCACCAGAAGAAACAACAGAAGUAAUUCAAUGUCCAAGAAUUGGAAUCGACAGUGCUGGGCCCGAGUGGGCAAUGAAACCUUUACGUUAUUAUAUUUAUAAUAAUACUUCGGUGAGUAAACGCGAUAAAAAAGCCGAAGAUAACUUUAUUAAUCAAAAAUAA